UCAGUGAAAAGAUCCGGAAUUCCCAUCACUACCUCGGAUACAAGUUACGAGGUUGCGUAUUGUCGUAACGUGUCGUAAAGUGGGGGGUUCUUUUAGCAAUUUCAUUUACAGGAAACAGAAAAAUCAGAGCAGAAAAAUCAGCAACGUCGAUUGUUUGGAGUGAAUCAGGAGUCUUUUAAACCGUGUAAAUUAAACAUGGAGUCGCGCGAGACAACAGCAUACGGAGCCUCAUUAGCUGGCGGAUCUUUCGAUUUUGUCAAAUUUAUCAAACAACCACUAACCAUCUUACGGAUUCUCAAUUGGGUGUUUGCCAUUGUGGUUUUCGCCACCAUUGUAGCAGAGGGAUAUGUAAAUGAAAAAGACUCAUCACAGGUGGUCUGCAUAUUCAACCAAAACGACGGGGCCUGCAAUUAUGGAGCGGGUAUCGGGGUCAUCGCCUUUCUCGCAACGUCUGCCUUCAUCUUUGCUGAUGCGUAUCUUCCCCUGAUGAGCAGCGCACAAGAGAGGAAGCGUCUUGUGAUGGCUGACAUUGGGUUCUCAGGGCUCUGGACAUUUCUGUGGUUUGUGUGUUUUUGCCUCUUGGCAAAUCAGUGGACGAACACCCUUGACAAAACAGCCAUCCCUGUUGAUGCAGCUCAAGCCAUCAUUGUCUUUUCCUUCUUCUCCUUCAUUACAUGGGGUGUGGUGACCUAUUUGGCCCUGAUGAGAUUUCGCCAAGGUGUUGGAGAGAUCAAGCACAACUUUGCUGAAACUGCUCCAGAGCACAACUCCCCUUACCAAUCAUCAACAAUCCCUCACGAUCCCUCACCAUACGGGGAUACUACUUACCCUUCAGACCUCUACCAGCAGCCCCCCUUCAUGGGUAAACCCGAGCCGGCUGGCAACAGUAACUACCAGCCACCAAGCUACUGAUCGAAACAAGGGCCCUUCUCGAGAAAAAGCAAAAAGGGAUGAUUAAAUGGCCUGAUCAUAUGACAUGCAGCAUGGAAGGAGCCUGUAAGAGUAGCCAAUGAGAGCUCUUAUGUAUUGAUAAGCUCAGGCAUUCCUUGAAAUUGACUGGUUCUCCCAGUCACCAUGAAGUUAUUCUUUGUGCUUGCUUUCAGUGAUGCACAGCCUUUCUGUGUUUUGAAAUUGUUUGUAUGUUUGUGUUGCCCAGAGCUGAUUAUCAUUGAUUUGACAAAUGGUGCCUUAAUAUAAUGCAAGUCAUUGUGAAACUGAUAAAGACAGUCUGUUACUGUGCUUAAUCCUAGACUGUUCUGUCAUGUAUACAUGUUGACCUUUAUUGCAGGAGUGCCACAUUUUCACACUGUAAUUUGCACAAUGACCCUGAACAAUAUUUCACAUAGAGUUAAAUAGCCAACUUGCACUUAUCUGUGCUUUCCAGUGAAGCAAUGCUUAGUCAGCUGACCAGGUCAGGUAUCAUAAUUCCUUAAGAAUUCACAUUUUGAUGCACUGCUUGCUGCCAAAAUACAGCCAUAUUGUAGGAUUAGUUUUUGUCCUAUGACUUGUACAAGACUACUGAUAAUUUUUAGACAUGAAAUGCACCAUUUUCAACUGUGAGUGCACACUGCAUUUACAGAUCAUAUGAUUUUACUUAUCCACAUGAUUUAACAACCUGAUCCUCACAACGUACUUCACAACCUGGAAAACUUUCUCCAUAUAUAAUAACUCACAUUACAAGAUUUAAACUGGUGUAUUAAUAAAAGCCAAAUUCAUCGUGCCAAAGUUACAGGUUUCAAUCUUAUUUUUCUUAGCAUUUGUUACAGCAAACAUACAGCACCAUUCUUCUGACUGCUGACUUGAGUUUUUUUUUUUUUAACAUGCUUUUCAAUCUGUUAUAGAUUUUGUUCUUCUGGGAUUGUAGUGUACACAUUAAGAAACUUAAUUAUAUAACCCUAAAUUCACUUCACUUUAGCAUGUGUCUUAUGAUUUGCACUACUUGAUUUGAUGAAUUUCUUUCUGGGAUGUGGGUUAAUUAUUAAAAUCACUGGCCAUAUUUUGUUAAUCAGAUUAUCUAUUGUAACUUCUUUCAUUUUAAAACACUGGUUUAAGUUAUUCAAAAUGUUUUCGUAUAUGGGAUGUCCUUUGUUUGGAUCUAAAGCACAAACCUACAGUUUAAGCAAAAUUUGUACCAGGGAACAAAAAAAAUAAAGUUUUAUUGCAAUUAA